AUGACCCAUUGGCGGAGGACGCCAAACACUCGAUUACAAGGGGGGAAAAUGCCUCCUGGUAUCAUUGCCGACUCCGAUGACUCCGAUGCCAGCCAAAGCUGCUCGCCCCUUCGACAAGCGCCGGUCCCCUCCGACGAAGGACUUACGCGGUCGUCCGACUGUGCCAGUCUUGCGACCAACUCGACGGAUCCGGCCUUUUUUCGCAGCGUGUUCGAAGAACAGAAUGACGCUGCAACGCGGAGGACGAACGGAUUGUCAUUCGAUGGAAGAAUGAGCGAGCAUGGUGGUUCCAGGCCACUUGCAUCACUGGACAUGCCGAUAAGCUCGCAUGCAAAGGACCUUUGGGAUGUACCGAGCAGCCCGGAGGUAAAGGUUCGGCAACCUACCAAAAGCAAAAGCGAACGUUCCAAAACAGUGACUACGAUAAAAGCCACCAGAGGUCUGCGUGCAAAAAUAGCGAGUCUCGGAUACGAAACCGAAAGCGACGUGGCCGACGGUGAUGACGGGGAGACGACAGCUCGGGAGAGGAAGAGGAGGAAGCUCGAGACACAGGAAGGACCUUUGCGUUCUCGAAGAGAUGCCAACAACAACAUCAAGCCAGUCAACACGCUGUCAGAUGAUGAGGUUUCUUCGCUGGAGGCGAUGCCAAAGAAAGAUGGGUUGAGCCCCGGGGCACCGGGUGACGGGACGGCUCAGAAGUCGUGUCGAAUUUCCUCACGCCACAGGCGACGAGAUUCCUCCCCAGACCAAAUAGCAACAAUACACCCUGGCAACAAUGUCGGCGCGAAUAGCGAAGUCCAGCGAAGGCACGAGACGGGUGGCGUUUCAUCCAACGGCACGCUCGCAGCAGGGGACGAAGAGGGACCGCCAACCGAUGGACUCGCGGGCCUGCGGGAGAAGGAUGACCUGGACGUUUCUCCCGCGACGAGGCCGGUGCAGCCUCGACCGAGAGGACGGCCAAGGAAAGAGGCCGGAGUCGCGAAGGAGAGGCCCAUCAUCGUCGAAGGGUGUCACGGGAAAGAGAAUGAUGCGACAACAGGUGCAAAGAAAAGGGGCCGACCAAGAAAGAAGGCUGCUGCCUCCAAAGGGGACACUCGGAUCAGCGGCGAUGCACCAUCUGUAUUCAACUCCCAUGCCGACGACGCGAUCAGCAAGGGCGUGCCGAUCGAAGGGCGUGUCGAGGGUGGGCCACGAAAAUACACAGAGCCCGCUAAUGCCACGGAGAAUUCAUCAGCUGAGAAAGUUGGGUCUGGUUUGGCAGAGGUCGUGGCAGAGGUUGACGCAGAGGUUGACGCCGAGGCCGACGCAGAGGUUGACGCAGAGGUUCACGCAGGGGUCGAAGGAGCGGUGGGAGCAGAGGCCGAGGAUUGCCGUCAACACCCGCCCAAGGGAAGCUGCCUCGUGGUUUCGAGAUCACCCACGACAACGCAGAAUCAUGAGGAGAGGGCAGGGGCGGUGUCGAGGUCAUCUCGGACGGAGGCAGCCGCCAAGCCUGCGUACCGCGUUGGUUUGAGCAAGAAAUCCAGAAUAGCGCCGCUGCUCAAGUCAUUUCGCAAAUGA